CUUGAAAGUUUUGCCAAGAUGGAUUCUGUUUUUGAAAGGCGAUUACAUGGAAAGCUUGCUGAAACCCACCUUGAUGGGGGAGGGCAGUUUACUGGAGUCUCUCCUGAUAUUCAGAAUGAUUUGAUUGAUUGUCUUGAUAAGAUAAUAGAGGAUGAGAUUUUAAAGGAAAUAUAUUGCUGCACUUUCUUAAGUAUACAGGUUGAUGAGGCAACUGAUGUUUCUACCAAAGAACAAUUGAGUGUAAUUGUUCGAAUGGACAAAGGGGAAAGUGUCAUUGAAAGACAGCUUGGGUUUGUUGAUGUUAGUUGUGAUAGGACUGCAACUGCUAUAUCAUCAGUGGUUAAGGAGAAUUCUUGAGCAGUCAUCCAUACUUUAUUCUAUCUUGCAAGAC